AUGAACUACUUAGGUAAAAUCGACAGAUACUUGGACUCGCUUAAAAUCGGCAAAAGUCCCCUCGUAGACUCCUGGUUUAUGAUGUCCAGUCCAAUACCUUUGCUGGCUGUGGUUGUAUCUUAUCUAUUCUUCCUAAAGAUUGGGACCCGCUUGAUGAAGAAUCGGGCUCCUCUACAGCUGACCAAGAUAGUUAGUUAUUACAAUGCUGGCCAAGUAGUUCUUGCAGCGGUAUUAUGUAUAAAGGUCUUCAAAUUAAACCUCUUUAAAGAUGGAAUAAUCUACGCAGGGUGUCGUUAUCCGUCCAACACUCAAAAUCCUUUGCUCCUGGACCUGGGCUGGUGGUAUUUUUUCGCAAAAUUUACUGAGCUAUUGGACACGGUUUUUUUCGUAAUAAGAAAGAAAGAGAAACAGGUGACAUUCCUACACGUAUAUCACCACGUAAUAAUGGCGUUAUACUCUUGGAGUUACCUGAAGUUUGCGGCGGGCGGCGAAGGAGCAGUAUUAGCGCUUCUCAACUCGGCUGUCCACAUUGUGAUGUAUUCUUACUACUUCCUAUCCGGAUUGGGACCAAAAUUCCAGAAGUAUCUAUGGUGGAAGAAGUAUGUGACAAAGAUGCAGCUGGGACAAUUCAUUUUGAUGCUCCUAUACUGCGUGUGGACACACUUCUCACCAAGAUGUCAAUACGCAGCUGGCUUCACCUACUUUAUAUCCUUCAAUGUUAUCGUAUUCCUACUGCUCUUUCUAAACUUCUAUUCUAAGAGCUACAAAUCUAAAGGCUCAAAGCGAGAUGAAUCAAUAGAGGUUCAGAAUGGCCACUGCAAAUUAAAUGGUGCGAAACUAAAUGUAGGUGAUAAAGAAAAUGGUAUUUAUAAAAAUGGUAGCCUAAAUGGUACCCAAGUGCCUUACGACACUAAUGCAUUCAAAGAUAUGAAAAUCGAGAAUGGUCUCAAAAGGAGAUCGAAGGAAUGUAACGGACCAGAUUUGAGCUUUAGAAGCAUUGAGAAAUGA